CAAUAAUAUUAUGCGGUCAGCGGGCUCUCAAGCAAAAAACUUGUCAAGAUCAAAAAAUAAGAGGAAAAGUCUUUCCUCUUGUUAUUUAUUUAUUUGGUUUAAAAAACACCAAAGCAUGAGAAGAAGAAGACAGUAUGGCUUUAGUUUGGUCUUAUCGUCCGUUUAAACGUCUGCUUCCCCCGGGGCAUCCAUUCUUUGAGGAAGGCGAUAUAUUUUGUAAUAUUCUUCGGAAACAAGUCAAUCUUGGUGAAGAUUUGGAAGAAAUUAUCGAGAGUGCUGAGCCAGAGUUUGAAUGUUCAGUCCAUGGCUGCCAUGAAUGUUUUACCAGUACUGUAAGGUAUGAAGCACAUUACAGAAGCUGCCAUUGGAACAGAUGUCGGUUCUGCAAGAAGACCUUCCAAACGAGUUUUCUGUUGGACCUGCACAUUCUGGAGAACCAUGACACACUCUUUCAGAUGAUCGCAAGAAAAAAACAUAUGUACAGAUGUCUGGUAGAGAGUUGCCCUGAUAAAUUCAAUGGAGAAGAGGAGAGGAAGAAACACCUGGUGGAGUUGCAUCAGUACCCAUCAGACUUCAGAUUCAAUAGAACAAGCAGAUUACAAAGAAAGAUGAAAAGAAAACAGGCUGAGAGCACUACAAGCAUUGCUGAUUCAGCACAGAAAUCUCCCACAGAUCUACCCAUGGACACAGACAGCACAACACAGCAUGACCAGAAUGGAAAACCUACUACAGGAGAAAAUAACAACAGUGCCUCUCAAAAACAGAGACUUCCCAGGGCUAUAUGUUUUGGUAGAGGAUCAAGCCGUGGUUUUCAAAGAGGCAGCGCACCCAAAGGACAUGGUAAAGGGAAGAAUAAAAAGAAACAAGGAAUGUCCAAACCACCCAUUCCAUCUACUGAGGUUGUUAUGGAAGACGUCAGCUGACACAUGAAAUGAAAUUAUUACACUAAAUAUAUUUUCAAAAGAACAAAGGAAGACAUGAAUUUCAUCUCCAUCGUGCAUAGUGUAUCCAUGCAGUGGCCGCAACACAUAAUUCAUCUCCUGCAUUCCAAAUGGACUCUCGACGUCAUUAAAAAACAAUGCUAGCUUCCCUUUAGGAAUACCUAGUUCAUUACUGAUGUAACUCUUAAAGUCUUUGGUUGUCUGUCGCAAGUCAACAUCCCUGGUUAAAGUUGAGUGCCCUUCGCAAAUUAUAGAAAGCUUUGCAAAAAUCUUUGGGGCUAAGUUUAUGUCAACCAGUUUGUCUAAGACGCCGUAAACUUCUAUCAAUUCUUGUAACCGCUUGGGAGGGUUUUGAUCGUCCAUGUAGCAUCGAAUAAAAAAUCUCUCAGCA